UCGCUUCAGUUUGCAAUUCAAACAACGCACAUGAUACUCUCCCUUGAUUCAAGCACAAACCCUACACAAUAUUCCACUCUAAUCCCGUAUCUCAAUCCACUCCCCUCAGUCAAUUUGUGAAGUACAACAAAAGGAAUCAACUUGGAACAGUGACAUCGAUGAAAACAGUGUCGGAACAUAUUCAGUGAGAGGUAGAACAAGAUAAAUCUCAGACGCAUUCGAGUUUUUGGGGAAAAACAAGGGGAGUACAAAUUGCGAACUCUAUAGAGGAUUGGUUGCAGUACUGGUUGGAUCACUGUGCCCUGUCUUGUUGAUUUACUGUUUUGUAGAGAGGGAAGUUUGCUUGAUAGCUAGGUAAUUUGAUGAAGAGGUUAGGAUCGGUUACAUGCAUAAUCGUGAAGAUUGGCAUAUAGCAUAAGUGAGUUGGUGCUGCAGUUUUACAUGGUAUUUUCUUGGUUAAAGGGGAGCAAAUGGAAUUCUAAGGUAAAUGCAUAGUUCUGGAGAAAUUGAGAGUGAUCCUAGAAUAUAGCUACUGCCAUGACCAGUGAGGUACCUUGUGCAUCUGGUCAAUGGCUCAAGCAAGAAUCGCACUCUGUUUUGAAAGAUGGGGUAUUGGCUGGGAUGAGUUCCAAGAACAACAUAUCUCUAAGAACAGGUGAGGAGUUCUCCAUGGAAUUUCUUCAGGACCGUGGUACAGUGAGGCAGGUUAAUAAUGGACAUAGUAAGGUCAUGAGCAACGAGGCAUUACUAAGAAAUAAUGGCAACCAUCAUCCUGGUUACGAGGAACUCGGUGUUAUGCUUGGGUUGCCAAGGGUGGAUUCUGUCUGUAGUUCUGAUACGGCAGCGAGCACUUCUGCAAGAGGAUCUCUUUCUAGGCCAAGUGCUCCAUCAGCCAUUGAUUCCGCUCCCUCUCUGGCUCACCGAGCUUUGGGAUCAGGAGUUUCAGAUGAUUCUCAAAGAGGAAAGAUUAAGUUUAUUUGCAGUUCUGGAGGCAAAAUCUUGCCUCGACCCAGUGAUGGAAAACUGAGAUAUGUGGGAGGUGAGACACGUAUCGUUUCGAUACAGAAGAAUAUCUCAUGGGAAGAGCUUGUCAAGCGAACUACUGAAUAUUGCAACCAGCCUCACACGAUCAAGUACCAGCUUCCAGGAGAGGAUCUUGAUGCUCUUAUAUCAGUGUCUUCUAAUGAGGACCUUCAGAAUAUGAUAGAGGAGUACAAUGGGCUUGGAAAUCUUGAUGGUUCCCAGCGACUCAGGAUAUUUUUGAUUCCUCUAAGUGAAUCUGAAAGUACAUGUACCAUUGAAGUGAGUGGUAAUCAGCAGCACAAUCCGGAUUAUCAAUAUGUAGUUGCAGUCAAUGGAAUAGUUGAUAACAAUCCAACACGAAACAAUGGGUGUUUGACAAACGAAGCAAGGCAGUUGAAAUCUGGAACGGACCAAAACCUGAGCUUUCCCCAGAAGCAGCCUCCCUCUUUUGAUCCUUUGCAAGACAAUGUUGGUCGGAAUAACUCAAACAUCACUCCACAAAUAUUCGAACCUCCAAGUUUGACCAAGUCUCCCGACUAUUUCCCUCUAAUUUCUCCUGAUCUAGUGCCACAAAAGGAUUUGAUGAAUGGUCUUGCACCAGCGUAUAAGGAUCCAGCAUGUGGCAGUAUUGAGAUCCCAGUACUGAAGGGCCGAGCGUUUCAUUCUGAGAAUCCUAUUCCACAACCUGCUGAUCGGAUGGAACUAUUUUUGGGACCUGAUGAUAAUGGGUCUCAUCCUGGAAUGCCGCAUGCAUUUUCUGAUCCCCAGCUCCAGGAACUUGGAGGAGACUCUUGUUUCAGCUCUCAAGAUGGAAACACUUUACCUCCAAUCUUGAGUUUUGCGCCACCAUCUACACGGACACAGUUGGAAUCUGUUGUUUUGCUAGAGAAGUCUGUUGAACACCAUGAGAAUGUCCAUCCACAAGUUGUAAUUGAGAUACCAAGUGUGAGACAUCCUGUUUCUUACAGUCAGACAGAUUCUUUGCAAGGGUCUUUCGGUUCUGAAUCUUUGAAGAAACAACAUUGUGAUGCAAAUGGCAUAAAUGAGAAGAUCCAAGCAGCAAAGGAAGAUCUAUGUAAAAAUGUUGGAGUGCAAAACAAUUCUAAGGAGAACAACCCAACUUUUUAUGAAGCUCAAAAUUCUUGCAAGAAUACCUCACCUGCAACUGCCAAUGGUGACAUCAUUAAAGCAUCAAAGGUCAAUUGUGAUCAGAUAUCUGUUCUUGUAGUUGGCACACCGAUGCACAACCUGCAAGGGUCGGACGACACAAUCCCUGCAUCAGCUGCAACUAAUCUAAAUCCUCUUUCAGAUGCAACGCUGCAGCAAUUUUCAAGCAAUCAUUUAAAGAAAUCUUCAGCUGACUCUGCUAUUAACAGCCGAAGAAUUGUCGAGAAUCAGCAGUUUGCAAUGACUGGGAUAGAAAAUUGUGAGCAAGGAAGCAAUGUGACAUGGAUCCAUAAUCAUGAAAAAUCUUUGACUGAUCUACUUUCUGGCUUAUCAGAUAACGUAUCUCACGAAUCUGCCGUUCAACUACCAAGAUUGCAUCAGAACGGAAUGAAUGACCAGAAACCUAUGCUAAUUGGCUCCAGGGAGUUUCUCCCGUCGGCAGGUCUUGAUUAUGCAGGGCAAGAGUCACCAUCAUGUGUUGGUCCUUUGAUGCAGAAUCCAACAACAGGUGCUGGUUCUAGGAGAGAAGUUUCACUAAUGGAUGAAGACUUUUUCAAUUACACCAAACAGGAAGUUGGUAACAUAGGCUAUGAAGAAUAUUACCAUAAGAUGCCAAAGGAAAUCCCAUCUAUCAAGGACAAGCAAGAAAAUAAACUGGAGUUGGUCGACCUUUUGGGAGAUGUAACUGAUGCUGCAAGUCGUUCACAUAUGUUAGAUGCAGUCAGCACUGAGGCUCAUUUUUCAGAUGAAACUACAGCUGAGAUCACUUUUUCAGAUUCCAAUGUUGAGGAUGCUGCAACAGAGAAUGGAUGUAAGGAUGGACCAUUCAGUAAUGCAUUGAUAGCUGAAAUGGAAGCUGAUAUGUAUGGCCUCCAGAUAAUUAAGAAUGCUGAACUUGAAGAACUAAGAGAGUUGGGCUCUGGGACAUAUGGAACUGUUUAUCAUGGCAGAUGGCGUGGGUCAGAUGUUGCUAUUAAAAGAAUCAAGAAAAGCUGCUUUGCCGGGAGAUCAUCUGAGGAAGAACGGCUGACCAAUGACUUCUGGAGAGAAGCACGCAUUCUUUCAAAUCUUCAUCAUCCAAAUGUGGUUGCAUUUUAUGGAGUUGUACCAGAUGGAGCUGGAGGAACAUUAGCUACCGUUACAGAAUUUAUGGCAAAUGGAUCGCUUAGAAAUGUCCUAAUAAAAAAGGAUAGGUCACUUGAUCGUCGGAGAAAGCUCAUUCUAGCCAUGGAUGCAGCAUUUGGAAUGGAAUAUUUGCAUUCCAAAAAUAUCGUCCAUUUUGAUCUAAAGUGUGACAAUUUGCUGGUUAACAUGCGUGAUCCACAACGACCUGUUUGCAAGGUUGGAGACUUCGGACUGUCGAGGAUCAAACGGAAUACUCUAGUUUCAGGUGGUGUUAGAGGAACUUUACCAUGGAUGGCACCAGAACUUUUAAACGGUAGCACCACUCGAGUUUCUGAAAAGGUUGAUGUGUUCUCUUUUGGGAUUACUAUGUGGGAGAUCCUAACUGGUGAAGAACCUUAUGCAAAUUUGCAUUGUGGGGCCAUCAUAGGAGGGAUUGUGAAAGAUACUCUUCGACCCGUUAUACCCGAACGGUGUGACCCCGAAUGGAGGAAGCUAAUGGAGCAAUGCUGGUCUGUGGACCCCACCAUCCGGCCUUCGUUUACCGAAAUCACAAAUCGACUACGGACCAUGUCUAAGACGCUCCAAGCAAACGCAGCGAGAAAAGGUUCACAUGCCUAACUCUAUCAAUCGUGUUAUAUACUAGUAACUGCGUCACAUCUAUUCUAUAUGGUUUGUUCAUCUUUUUGUUUUCUUGAUUCUACAUAUGCAUCUUGUCAUUUGUUCAUUCUUUUUCAACUGAAAACAGCGUCGUGUUAAUAGCAUCAAAUUAGCUUUCGAAUAGCAUCGCCCAUCGCUAAUCCUUCGUAGUAUCUAAUUCCAUUUUCGCUCCUCCUGCACAAACUAUAAUACUCAUCGAUGGAUGUACAUACAAACAUACAUUUAUAAGUGUGCCGUUCUUUUUGUUU